GCCCCGGGCACGCCCCGCCGCUUCUUCAGCGCUCUCGGACAGCUGGCGCUCUCCAGCUCCGGGCCCGCUUUGCCAAGAUGUGACUCUGUUAGCCCGCUUCAGUAUCCGGCAGGAGCUGACCCGGUCGCAGGCAUCGCCUUGCCCUGUGGCUUAGGACUCCGCUCCCUCCCGGCCUCCAACAUCUCUGUCAUUGCCUGCAUUCCUGCAAAGUGAGAGGGAAUUCUGUGGCGUCAGGGCACUGGGCUACAGCUCCAGCAUGGACAGGGAAAUGAGCCCCAAAGGCUUCCCCAAGCUGAAGAACGACACGUUCCUGCGGGCGGCGCGCGGGGAGGAGACAGAGUACACCCCGGUGUGGUGUAUGCGGCAGGCGGGGCGGUUCCUGCCAGAGUUUCACGAGAUACGGGGGUCACAGGAUUUCUUUGCCACUUGCCGGAGCCCCAAACUGUGCUGUGAGCUGACACUGCAGCCACUAAGACGAUUCCCCCUGGAUGCUGCCAUCAUCUUCUCUGACAUCUUGGUGGUGCCCCAGGCGCUGGGCAUGGAGGUUGUUAUGGUCUCUGGCAAAGGACCCGUGUUCACAGAGCCUCUGAAGGAAGUGGAGGAUCUGCUGAAACUGCGACAGAAGGUGGAUGUCACCGCAGAGCUGGGUUAUGUCUUCCAGGCCAUCACGCUGACACGACACAGCCUGGAGGGCAAGGUGCCCCUCAUUGGCUUCUCGGGAGCACCAUGGACACUCAUGUCCUACAUGAUUGAAGGUGGUGGCUCCACUACAAUGGCCAAGGCCAAGAGCUGGCUCUACCGUCACCCUGAGGCAAGCCACCGGCUGCUACGGCUGCUGGCCAACGUCAUCAUUGACUACCUGGUGGGACAGGUGGCUGCUGGAGCACAGGCACUCCAGCUGUUUGAGUCCCAUGCAGGGCACCUGGGCCCGCAGCUGUUUCAGGACUUUGCCCUGCCUUACAUCCGAGACAUUGCCCAGGCUGUCAAGAGCAGGCUGAAGGAGGAGGCACUGCCCGUGGUGCCCAUGAUCAUCUUUGCCAAGGAUGCGCACUACGCCCUGCGCGACCUGGCCCACGCCGGUUACGAGGUCGUUGGUCUCGACUGGACCAUCCGGCCCCAGGAAGCUCGUGCACAGGUAGGAAAAGAUGUCAGCCUGCAAGGGAACCUGGAUCCAUGUGCUCUCUAUGCACCCAAGGAGAAGAUUGGCGAGCUGGUGAAGAAGAUGCUGGAGAGUUUUGGGACCCAACGCUAUAUUGCCAACCUGGGCCACGGCAUCUACCCCGACAUGAACCCUGAACAUGUGGGUGCCUUUGUGGAAGCCGUGCAUGCUCAUUCCCGUCAUAUCAACAAGCACAGCUGACCCUGGGGUCUUGGGGACAGGACUCUGGUUUAGGCACAGUCACCUGUUGUCACAGGGCUCACUCCAGGCUGGGCUGCAGCAUUAAACCAGGACCUUCUCUGCA